AAGGACGACGGGAGGUGGGUACGGGUACGUACUGCUUUGCAACCUGCCUUCACGACCUGUCGGUACUUCGAACUUUGUACACUACAGCCAGAGCUCUCCUUCGCAACUGGCACUGCAUCCUCCUAGAUCGCAUCAUCCUUCAACCUUCAACCUCCACGACGUCUUCUUCCCAAUUCCCACCCCACGAUCACCAUUUCCCCGUCUGCCUACUACGUCGCAGAACACAGAGACGAAACACUCAACACAGCUUCGACCAUAGCGCGAACAACAAAACACAAAAACCCGAGUCCCGUCUAAUAUCCGUUUGAGAGCCCCCUCCUAGACAAAAUGGCAUCCUCAGACAGCAAGGCCACCACCACACAAGAAAAGGCGCCGACCCAGCAGCAGUCCAAGCCCGAGGAGGAGCAGAAGCCCUCCAACGCGGCGGUGCUAGGAGAGGACGACGAGUUUGAGGAUUUCCCCGUCGACGACUGGGCCGAGGAAGAAACCGAAGCGGCCGGCGGCAACAACACAACGCAGCAUCUCUGGGAGGAGAGCUGGGACGAUGACGAUACCACCGAUGACUUUUCCACACAGCUGAAGGAGGAACUCAAGAAGGUCGAGGCGUCGAAGCGACGAUGACUGCUUAUCCGCCUGGCACACGGGGGAAGCGGAAGAGCAGAAUUCACGCCACGGAGAAUAGAUCGGGCUAGAUGGCAUCAUGGCCUUGAAGCAUAGACUACGAGGCCCGGAUAGGGAAAUUCAAUGUCCUUUAUUGCAAUGGCAAACAUACAUACAACACCUAACUCGUAAAGACCCACGAGUCAUGAGUUCUGGUUUGUGCUGUUCUACUUGAAGUGAUGGUCAAGGCUUUCUUCCUUUUUCUUCUCUCUCUUUUUUGCUUUUCAUUAUCUUAUUCAGCUACGUGACGU